AUUUCUCUUUUUUUUUUUUUCUUCUUCUCUUUCUUUCUCACUCAGAUUAAGUUAAAGCCUCACACUCUCAAUUCAAUUUCUUUCACAAAAAUAAAAUUAAAAUAAAAUAAAUAAAUGGCUGCCACACUUUCCGUCCGGCCCGACCGCCUCUCAUCCGGUCCAGCCUUCCCCGGACAUCCGGUUCGCCGACUCGACGGUGUUCCACUCGGAAAGCCGAUCGUCACCGAACCAUGGCGUGGCGCCGCUCCCCUGCAGACGAGGUACUGGAGGAGGCUAGCGCGGCCGGCGAGGACAGUGGCGCCGGUGCAGGCCGGGUCGAGAGCGGAUGACUCGUCGGCGCCGUUCGAGAUGUCGGUGGAGAGCGCGCUGAAGCUGCUCGGAGUGUCUGAGGGAGCUUCCUUCGAGGACAUACUCCGCGCCAAGAACUCCAUCGUCGCUUCCUGUAAGGACGACCACGAAACUAUCAAGCAGGUUGAGGCUGCGUACGACAUGUUGCUUAUGCAGAGCCUAAGCCAGCGGCGAGCAGGAAUAGUGAACAGCAGUGUUCGCUAUGCUGAUGUCAAACGUGUUAAGUCCCCAGCUGUGGGAUCAAUGCCUCAAUGGUUGCAAUCCACCAUGAAGAAUUCCCCUGUUUCAAUUGUGUCACCUUCCACUAGUGAUUUAGGCUUACAAGCUGGAGUAUAUGGUGCAUUGAUGGGUUUAACCUAUAUCAACGGGACCUCUACACCCUCUGCUGGUUAUGCUGGGGCUGAUGUUCCUGGACUUAUCUUGGCUGGUAGCUUUGGAGCUUCUCUGUACUUCAUGACCAAGAAGAAUGUUAAGUUAGGGAAGGCUACGGUUAUUACCAUAGGAGGGCUCAUAGCUGGCGCAGUAGUAGGAUCGGCUGUAGAGAACUGGUUGCAGGUAGAUAUUGUCCCAUUUAUGGGCAUUCACUCCCCUGCUGCUGUUGUUAGUGAAAUCAUAAUUAUUUCUCAAUUCUUGGUUUCUCUGUACCUAAGAUAGAAAAACACAUGACCAUGUAUUAAAAUGUGAAAUUGUAAUUAUUUAUUUGCUUGCAGCAUGAUCAUACCCAAAGUUUUUUUCUUUAAUCUUUUUUCCUCCCCUUAGGAUGUGAAACCAUUGAAUAUGUACAAAACUUUGAAUAGAAUGUAGCUGCUUAUCUUGGCAAUUAAGAACCAUGGAACUUAUAUUGGAUGAAGGGAGAUGUAUGAUCAUUAUUGUUUAGUAAGCAUUCUGCAAU